CAAUCCUCCCGGUAUAUUACCUUUUACAUAUCCCCUGUGAAGGUUUAUUGCGUCUUCUACGCUUCCUCUAUUCCUUCCUUCCACAGAGAUGCCCCUCGAGGUCUUGUUUUUUGGCGCCGGCGCCAUUGGUGCAUUCUAUGCCUCCCGAGUAGCUCGCACUGCGAACACCAACGUCUCGGUCGUCUGUCGCUCCAACUACUCAGCUGUCAAGGCCAAUGGCUUCCAAAUAACGUCUUCCCAAUACGGGGAUUACACUUGGACUCCGACUCGAACAUUUAAUUCCCCCGACUCAGCCCGCAAAAGCGGUGUCAAGUGGGACUUCGUCGUGGUCAGCACCAAAGCAUUGCCCAACGUCUCAGACGAUUCGAAACUCCUCGAGGGCCUCAUUAGCCCCGGUACGGCUGUUGUGUUGAUCCAGAACGGUCUGGGUGUGGAACAGCCCUACACCGAACGAUUCCCUCAAUUAACCAUUCUAAGCGCCGUGACGAUUGCCUCAUGUGCCCAGCCCUCGAACGGUCAUAUCAAACACAACCGCUGGACACGGAUAAACGUGGGGCCGUACUUCUCAGAAUCAAAUCCUUCGGCUGCGGUCAAGGCAACAGCAACGGCUCAGAACCAAACCUUUGUCGACCUGCUCCUGAAGGGAGGCAUCAAGGAUGCCAUUGCCGACACGCACGAGAAGCUCCAGCUCGUCCGCUGGCAUAAGAUCGCCAUCAAUGCAUCCAUGAAUCCGUCCGCGGUGCUGUCGGGUGGAUCUACCAAUGAAGCCAUGUCCAACGACCCGGAGCUGUCGAGGCAUCUCAAGGGCGUGAUGGAUGAGGUGAUGACCACUGCGCCCAAGGUCGUGGGCAAGCCGUUUCCGGCGGGAUUUGCCACCGCGGAACAGAUCCUUCGGUCGACGCGGAAGAACACAAGCGGGAGCAAGCCGAGCAUGCUGCUCGACUGGGAGGGGGGCAAGCUCAUGGAGCUGGAAGUCAUCCUGGGGAACCCGAUCCGGCUCGCGCGGGAGAAGGGAUACGAGAUGCCGAGGAUGCAGAGUCUAUAUGCUCUGUUGAAGAUGGCCGAGAAAAACCGAGAGGCCCAGAAGCAGAAUGCCACAGGAGGAAGCAAGCUCUGAACCGCCGUGUCGUCCAGCGUGCUGAGCCAUGAAGGCCCGAUUCACACUGGGUGUGCAGGCUUUGGACGUCGACACACGUCUAUAAUGUCGUCGAAGCGGGCAAUUCCAGUGCUUGAUGAUGAAUAGACUACGAACCGCUAUAUAGGGUAAAGCUGUGUAUCAGAUUGAGGUGGCGAAUAUACACCAACGGUUCUUAUGUGUCGAGCCAUGAGCGUACAGUGACAUCCAAGUCCAGCCUGCUCGACGCAUACAUGUCCUGAUAAGCCUCUUCUCUCAUCCUGUCUCCAU